UUCAAAGUUCCUACGUCACUUUUCGUAACCAGAUAUCCCAUGUGAAACUGAAUUUGUUCAUAAAUAUUCCUUUGAAUACUUGCAUAUUUUUAAUAUUAUCGUAUUUCAAAUUAUAUCCGAAUCAAAAUGAGUACUAUUUUGGAGAAAAUUGCUGCUAUCGAAGCGGAGAUGGCAAGAACUCAAAAAAACAAAGCAACUGCUGGACAUUUAGGUUUACUCAAAGCUCGUUUAGCUAAAUUGAGACGAGAAUUAAUUACCCCCAAGGGAGGUGGCGGUGGUACAGGAGAGGGUUUCGAUGUAGCCAAAACAGGAGAUGCUAGAGUUGGUUUUGUAGGCUUUCCAUCUGUAGGUAAAUCAACAUUACUCAGCACACUAGCUGGUGUGUAUUCUGAAGUAGCAGCAUAUGAAUUCACAACCCUGACAACUGUACCUGGAUGUAUUAAAUAUAAGGGAGCUAAAAUACAGUUGCUCGAUUUACCAGGUAUUAUAGAAGGUGCUAAGGAUGGUAAAGGUAGAGGUCGGCAAGUAAUAGCUGUAGCAAGGACAUGCAGCUUGAUAUUUCUUGUGUUAGAUGUAUUGAAACCUCUGGUACAUAAAAAGUUGAUUGAACAUGAAUUGGAAGGUUUCGGAUUACGGUUGAACAAACAACCUCCUAAUAUAUAUUUUAAGAAAAAAGAUAAAGGAGGAAUCAAUUUGAAUUGUAUGGUGACACAAUCAGAAUUAGACUCUGACACUGUUAAAACUAUACUCUCUGAAUAUAAAAUACAUAAUGCUGAUGUGACUCUCAAAUAUGAUGCUACUAGUGAUGACUUAAUUGAUGUUAUAGAAGGAAAUAGAAUUUACGUGCCUUGCAUUUACCUUUUGAAUAAAAUAGAUCAAAUAAGCAUUGAAGAAUUGGACGUUAUUUAUAAAAUUCCUCAUUGUGUACCAAUCUCUGCCCAUCAUAAAUGGAAUUUUGAUGACCUUCUAGAAAAAAUGUGGGAAUAUUUGAAACUUGCGAGAAUAUACACCAAACCAAAAGGGCAGUUGCCUGAUUAUAAUUCACCAAUUGUGUUGCACUCAGAUUAUACAUCUGUUCAAGAUUUCUGUAAUAAACUGCAUCGUUCGAUUGCAAAGGAAUUCAAAUAUGCUCUUGUAUGGGGUUCAUCAGUGAAGCAUCAACCGCAAAAAGUUGGUUUGGAUCACAUCCUAUGCGAUGAAGAUGUUGUGCAAAUUGUGAAAAAAGUGUAAAGCAUUGUGAUGAAGAAGAGUCUGUUAUGUUUAAGAAGAACAGACAACAGUUAAUUGAGAUUUUUGGCAAUUUUUCAUCUGCAACGAUAGAAAAUAUUAAACUCUUGAUAUCCGAGUGAUUUUAAUUGUAAAUUAAUGAACAUUUCAAGAUAUAUUGUUGAAAUUUUACACCUUCUACAUUUAAAAGAAAAUGUAUGGUAAUGAAUGAAUAAAGAUUCUUUCAUUUCAA